AUGGCAGGAGGAAAUGUGAGUUUCCCCAACACAUUUGUCCUGUUGGGCUUCUCAGAGUAUCCAUGGCUACAGAUCCCCCUGUUUGCGGUGGUCCUGGUCUCCUAUCUUCUCACCCUCAUAGGCAAUAGCUCCAUCAUCUUCCUCUCCAUGGUGGAACCCAGACUCCAGACACCCAUGUACUUCUUCCUGGACCACCUGUCUCUGCUGGACCUCAGCAUCAGCUGCAACAUUGCGCCACAACUGCUGGCCAACCUCUGGGGUCCAGAGAAGACAAUUGCUUCCUGGGGCUGCACCACACAGGUCUAUGUUUUCAGCUGUACCAGCUGCACUGAAUGUGCCCUGUUGGCAGUGAUGGCCUUUGAUCGUUACGUGGCAAUCUGCCGGCCUCUCAGGUACAGUCUGAUCAUGCAUCCCUGGGUAUGCGUAUGGCUGGUAGCUGUGUCCUGGUUCAGUGGCUUGGUCAAUUCCCUGCUUCAAGCUACACUCACCCUCCAGCUUCCUCUCUGUGGGCAUCACAUCCUAGACCACUUUUUCUGUGAAGUACCAGCUCUGAUCAAAUUGGCAUGUGGUGACACUACUGUUAUCAACCUAUCGCUGACUUUGGUAGCCAUUCCUUUUGGAAUGGUGGCCCCUGUCAUUGUAGUCAUCUCCUACACCCUCAUUGCUAGGGCUGUGCUGAAAUUAUCGUCAACUGAGGGAAGGCACAAGGCGUUCAGCACCUGCAGCUCACACUUGGUGGUUGUCACCAUGUACUUUGGGCCAGGUAUCUACUUGUACCUUCUAUCUCCAUCCAAAAGUUCCCAAGCCAAGUUCCUGUCCUUUUUCUACUGUAUUAUCACCCCACUACUCAACCCACUCAUCUACACUUUGAGAAACAAGGAUGUGAAGGCAGCAUGGAAGAGGAUCCUACAAUUCCAGAGUUGGGGGAAGCUUUUCAAAGUCCCGUGA